CACAAAAGCAAGCAAAGCGCGAAAUCACGCAAAAAUGUGUUGAUAAAAAGAAUGGAAAGCCAAAAUAUAAAUAAAAACUAAUGCAAAAGUGAAUCUAAAUUAUUGUAUAUAAAGCUUGUGCUGUGUUCAAAACAAACUAAAUAUCUUUCGCAAUGGCUGCAAUGCAGUCGGGCAGUCGACCCCGCGAGCGUCUCCUCUAUGCCUUCCGUGGUUGGAUUGCGUUUGUGGCAUUCAUGGAUCUGGGCACUGCCUUUCGCAGCUAUAUCGAACGAAGGAGUUUUCUGGGUGACCACAGCGAUACCCAGUUCAUUGAGGGUGACUACACCAUAUCCCGUAUUAUUGGAAUGUACUGCCUGCUGAAGGCCAUCGCUCUCGUGCAUUGUACUCUAUAUAUACACUACAGACCCGUUGUCAGCAUGGGUGGUUGUUCCUUGGCCCUAACCAUGAUCUUCUAUGCCACUGAAGCACUCUAUUUUCGUUCGAGUACUUUGAACUUUUACGUAAUCUUCCCAUGCGUCUUGAACACAAUUACUCUACUAGGCUUGAUUUAUAUACCGAAAAGACUACGUCUGUGGGAGCCCAAUAUGGAUAUUGAUGAUGAAAACUCGCAAUUGUUAAAGCAAAUGACUGGCUAUAAAAGACGUCGAGCGAAAAAGCAAUAAUUUCUCAUUUAAUUUACCAAAUCAUAAAAAAGGAAACAACGAAUUAAAAUUUUCAAUUUGGAAAAGUUUAAGUUGGAAUAGAAAGAGCGACAUAUAAAUCAGUUGUUAAGAGGCAUAUUAUUGUACCCAUUAUGGACUGCAUCGAUGUGAUCACAUCAAAGAAUCCUUAAACAUUAUACAUACAUACAUAUAUAGCAAUAUUAACCAAUGCCAAAUUAGUGAUUUUCUAUAAAUUUAAGAACAAAUGAGCCAACAGCUCUGCCUGCAUACAUACAUACGUCAAUUUCUGACAUAAUCACUUAAUGAACAUUUUGUACUUCCUUUUUAGACACCAUAUAUAUAUAUAUAAAUUAAUUAAUAACAUUGUAGAGUUUAUUACACAUUUUUAUAAUUAAAAAUUAAUGAUUAAAAAUUAUAGGUAAUGCCAUUGUAAUCCAUCGUAAAAAUAUGUUAACAAGUUAAAGUUAAGCAAAAUUAAGUAAUUGACUCAAAAAAAAGAAAGAAAAUGGCUUUAAAUUUACAACCACGACGUUUAUGUAAUCAAUUAUUUAUAGCAUUAUACAUGGAAUUUUUCCAUUAAACUCACGAGUAGUUAAUUGCAAUAUUUGCACCUAAUAUAUACAUUUAUAUUUAUACAUAUAUCUAUCCAACGAUCAUAUACAUAUUUAGAUGCUUUGUAUCAAACCAAAACACGAUUAUUUAUUAAAAACAAAAAACAAUAAUAGACUUAGCAAACUACAUGGCUAAUAAUUAUAUAUUCAAUAAAAAUGCCGAGUUACUAACAGUUGAAUCUUA